AUGGACCGGGAGCUGCUGCGGCAGGCGCUGAGCUACCACGGCCCCGCGCUGCUGGCGCUGCUGCGCGCCGAGCAGCACGACAACCCCGACUUCCGCGGGCUGCUGCCGCCGCCCGGCGUGGCGCUGGAGCCGCCCCGCGGCGCCCCGCACUCGCCGCCCGCCUGGAAGGAGAGGCCGAGCACCGAGGCCGAGAUCCAGCGCUUCAUCGCCAGGAAGGCCGAUCUGCUCUUUGCCCAGUCGUGGCAAACCAACGGGCCCAUGUCCGACAUCCUCGAGGAGAAUGAAGAGUACUGCGCCGUUAUGCCGCCCCUGGAGCGGUUCAUGGACGUGCCCAGCGAGCAGAGGCGGGAGCUCUUCUUUCGAGACAUCGAACGUGGCGAUAUUGUGAUCGGGAGGAUCACUUCAAUCCGUGAAUUUGGCUUUUUCAUGGUGCUGAUUUGCCUGGGAAGCGGUAUCAUUCGGGAGAUCUCGGAUAUAGAAAUCACUGCUCUUUGUCCGUUGAGAGAUGUGCCUUCUCAAAGCAACCAUGGAGAUCCUUUAUCAUAUUAUCAGACUGGAGACCUUAUUAAAGCUGCAGUCAAGGAUGUUGAUCGUUACCAUCAGAAGCUCACGAUCUCGCUUUACAGCUCGGUUCUUCCGCCCAGUCUCUGUAGUACAAAACUCGGAGUAAUUACCUCUGAUGAUUUUCCAUUACAUUACAAGCGAAGCAUGGAAGUUGCCAAUUCAUUAGAGACAUAUGAAGAGGUUUUGCAUCGUUCUCCAGGAUUUGCUAAUCCAUCAGUGAUUGAAUAUUUAGCAGAAAAACUAGGAUUAAGUGAAUCAAACCCACCAUCUUUGAUGAGAGGUCUUCAAAUGAAAAAUUUCAAUGAAGAAGAUUUUGCACCUGCAUUGAGGAAAAGGCAGUCUGAAUCUUGGGCCUUAAAAUGUGUGAAGACUGGAGUUGAUUAUUUUAAGGAUGGGCGCCAUGUGGAAGCCAUGAAUGAGUACAACAAGGCCCUGGAAAUAGACACAGGGAAUGUGGAAGCUUUGGUAGCCCGUGGGGCUUUGUAUGCAACAAAAGGAAGUCUAAACAAAGCCAUAGAUGAUUUUGAGAUUGCAUUAGAAAACUGUCCCACCCACAGAAAUGCAAGAAAAUACCUCUGUCAGACUCUUGUGGAGAGGGGYGGCCAGUUGGAAGAGGAAGACAAACUAGUAAAUGCUGAGAGUUACUAUAAAAAAGCCUUAAGUCUGGAUGAGACUUUCCAGGAAGCAGAAGAGGCCUUAGCAAAGCUCCGUAAGCACAUGCAGAAAUCUUUGGAAAUGAGGGAGAAGCAAGCUGCAAAAGAAGAGAGAGAGAAAGAAAAAAAAGUAGAAACAAGUGCAGAAAAAUUGCGUAAGCUCUUAAAAGAAGAGAAAAGGUUGAAGAAGAAAAGGAAAAGAUCAACUUCCUCCUCCUCUUCCUCUUCGUCCUCUUCCUCAUCCUCUUCCUCCUCAUCUUCAAGUGACUCUUCAUCAGAUGCAUCAUCAUCUUCGUCCUCGUCGUCCUCUUCCGGUCACAAAAAACGCAAGAAAAAGCAUCGAAAUAAAUCCGAGUCUUCCCGCAGCUCCAAAAAGCACUCAUCUAGAUCUUCACAUUAUAAAGAUCAGGUUAGGAAAGAUGAGUGGUAUUCGCCUCCAGCUGAUACCUCUGCUUCCUUUCUUAACCAAAGGUUUGAAGUGGAAAAACUGCUGGAAAGGCAGGACAGCUUAGUGUAUCCAAAAACAGAGGUAAGAGAGAGAGAAAGACACUGUUCUCUAUCGAGGACUUCAGCUGAGGAUGAAGACACUUUUGGAGGUAGGUCUGAAGAUUCAAGAGAUUACUAUAGUAGCUCCAGAACUCAGGCAAGUACUAGCAAAUAUGAAAAAUAUGAUAAACCAGACAGAUUUUUCUCCAGUAGGAGGAGUUCAUCAGGUUUUUGUUAUAAGACAGAUGAUAAAACUAAGAUGCAUUAUUUUAGGAAAUUAGACAGGGAAUUAGAGGGGAGAAGGGAACCGUUUAAAAGAUACGGCUCAGGUCAAUACAGAUAUUAUGCAUCUCCAGCAGGGUCUGACUAUUCUGGCAAGUCAGUGGGAAAAUACAAAUCGUAUUCUAGCACUUAUYUACGUGACAGCAAUAAAAGUUAUGAUAAUAAUAAACAUCUAUUAAGUCACCAUAAAGAUGAAAGGAGAGGGUAUGGAUAUAGAGAAAGAAGUGAUGAGGAGACUGAGGAGGCUGAGGAGACUAAGGAGACUAGUAGCACAACAAAGGAAGUGGACGAGGAAGCUACUCUAAAUAGUCAAGAACAAUCAGAAAGUGGCAUUAAAAGAAACCUGCCCCAGAACUUAGUUAAAAUAUUCAAUCAAAUUGCUGAAUUUGAGAGGGAAAAAGGAAGUAAGCAGAAGAACCAGUAAAAUACCUAGAAAAUGGUAUUAUGCUGGAUUAAAUACAUUUUUUCAGGUAUGUGUUAAGAAAAAUAUAUCCCCUUUAAAUGCAUAUGAAAAGUGAUAAUAAAGCAGAAUCUGUUCUGUUGUGCAGAAUGUGUGGCAAAUAUUCUUUAAGGUAAAGAGGUUGUAUGGAGGAAAAAGAGAUGCAGGGAUGUCUCAAAUAAUAAUUCUAAUUUAAAUCAAAGUUACUUGUAUUCUUGGGAUGUUCCUGUUCAAUAUUCUUAGUAUGACUGGGUGAAAUUUUAAUCUUUUGAUGCCCUUAAGCUGUAGUUAGUUGUGUGACUCGCAUCAUAUAUGCACUUUAAUGACAGGUGGUUUUUCUUCUUCCUUAGGGGUACUAUUGACUGUUAAC